UAGAUACACCCGAGCACGGGCCUACGGCCACUCGAGUGUUGACUGCGAAUCCCAGUCAAACCGAGACUUUCACUGCGAUGAGUUUACAUAAUCCGUCGGUGUGCGGUUGCGGUUGAGAAACAUUCUACAAGCAACGCAACGCUUUGUCAUUAGAGUCACCACACAGCAAAAGUGAUUGUGCACCAGUGCGGAAAGGGAAAUCCUGUGCCGGAGCAAGUGCCGGAGGAGAGCAGUGAAAAGUGCGGGAAGUGAAUCUCGAAAGCCUUUUUGAUCUGUGGGGCUGCUAGAGUGUGUGUGUGUGCGUUUGUGUAGGCGAAGGAAGUGAAGCUGUUAAGCAAUCUAGCGGAGCAAGUAGCCGAAGUGGAAAAAUUGUGAAGAAAGAGCGAAGGUUGGCGGAAAUCGCGGCUGUCUCAGUGCAACUCUACCCGUUUUUCUCAGCGGUGGCCGCCUCUGGUUGUCGAGUCGAGGCCACGUGCAAGCGAUGUGAAUAGAGAAAAGAUGAAUAACCAGGCUCGCUAGGAGAGAAGGAAAAAUCUUUACUUCUUCUGUGGUGCGCCAGCUGGUUAAGGUGGUUAAGGGAUCACCGGGGAGAGGUAUCGUUCGGGUGCAAAAAAAAAAACGAAAAGCCAACGCCACAGUUUUGGUGCAGGUUUGCAGAGAGCGCACAGAACAGCGUAGCUUGGCGGGCACAACAACUACUGCAAGCGUGGAUGGUGUGAGCCAUCCUCUGCACGACGAAGCAAGCUAUGAGAAGCGAUUGAAUUAGUUGAUAGAUGUGGGGGUGACAUCGAGAUGGGCCAGGGGCUCGAACCGUUAACCGCAGAUCUUUGUCUGUCCUCCCGGUCGCAGCCCCCCCAGCUUCCGUCUCGCACUGAUUUCUUCGAGCAAUCGAAGAAGAAAAAGAAGAAAAACAACAACAAGAACGUGUCCAGCGCAACAGCAACAACUAGCACAUCAGCUGAAUCAGCAGCAUCAUUAGCACUACUGUUAACCAGUGGAGAAGAAAGCGUUCGAUACAGAAGGAGAUCGUCUGGGCCGCUGUUCGCGGCGAACAGCUCAAAGUCGCAAGCACAAGGCGUCCGUUUAACACAGCUUUCAAUGCUACUAGAUUUUCCUUCUAACACACACAUCAUGGAGUUCGGCUAGUAGGCCUUCCUACUAAGAAUGCAGAAACCAACAUCAACUUAGUGCCUCUUGCGGGACGGCACUAAAACAAACCAAGACAAACAAGAAAUUGAACAAAAUUGUCCUGUAAAGUUAAACGACCGCAAUCAUACCGCCAGGCCGUAACCAUUGCUACCCAGUCAGGUACAUCAAACAGCCACAAAGUGUUGCCCCUGGUGGCCAUGGAACCUUCUGGUGUGCUGCAACCGGACCGAGAUGGAGCAAGGCUUCUACAGCAUCAGCAGCAGCAGCAAAGUCUACAUCAACCGCAGUCACCUCCACCGACAAUGGCACUGGCGGCAACAGCAACAACAAUAACAGCAACUACAACAACAACGCAACUACAAUCGCAACAAGCUCAACCACUUACGCAACAGUUACAGCUGCAACCGUACCGCAACAACAAUCAACUACAGUUAACUCCGUCUCUAUCUGCCACUAAUCAUCAGCAGCUGCUCGGAACAGGUGCUACCGUAGCAACAACAGGAACAACAACGAACAACCAGAGCGGAAGUGGAGUAUCCGGGAGCGUUCAAACUGGGAUUGAGAAAUUGUCACGGCCUAUGGCAUUCGAUAAGAUGGAGAGUCUGGUACGAGAAAUGCAGGACCAGGAGACUGGUGUACCGGUACGCAGUCAGAAGCUUUUUCUCACCUCGAUUCCCUCCGCGUUUAUGGGUUACGAUCUAAUCGAAUGGCUAAUGGAACGCCUCGGCAUCGAAGAAUCGGAAGCGCUGAACAUCAGCAAUCAGCUCUGCAUGCACGGAUACUUUUUCCCUGUGUCCGACUCAAAAACGCUAGUAGUCAAGGACGACUCAUCGCUGUACCGCUUCCAGACCCCGUACUAUUGGCCCUGGCAGCAGAAAGCACCGGACCAGAUCGAGUACGCGAUCUACCUGGCGAAACGUUCGCUCCGGAACAAACAACGCCACGGGCUGGAGGAUUACGAGGCCGAAGCGUUGGGUAGUUUGCACAAGAACCUCAAGGGAAAGUGGGACUUCAUCACGAUGCAAGCGGAGGAACAGGUUCGGUUGGCGAAGGAACGCAAGAAGGGUGAUAAGAUCGUCGGGGAUUCUCAGGAACGGGCGUACUGGCGAGUUCAUCGUCCUCCGCCGGGACAGUUUACGCCGCUGGAGUCCUGUCCGAUUCCGUCCCGUGAUCGGCAGGGAAAACCCCGAAAGCGCACCGUUGACGAUUGGCAGCGAGAGGUGGAGAUCCUGAAAGCUUCUCUUGGACGGAAUCGCGUCAAAAUGUCGCAGGCUUGUGAAAGUUUGGUGUCAUACUUCGAGACGUUCAGCGAGUACGAUCCGAUGAUGCAACCACCGCUGCCAUCCAAUCCGUGGGUUACCGAGGAUGUAAGCUUCUGGCAGAUGAACAAUCCGGUGGUGGAGGUUCCGACGGAAAAGCGGGUUAAGCGUUGGGGGAUCUCCAUCGAGGAAGUGGUCACCGAUCCGACCGGACUGCAGGAGUUUACGGCUUAUCUGAAAAAGGAGUAUUCUCAUGAGAACAUUCGAUUCUGGAUGGCGGUCAAUGAUUUGCGACGGUCGUCGCACUCGCAGAUUUCCCGGAAGGUCAAGGAGAUUUACGAAGAGUUCCUCGAACCGGGCGCUCCUUGUGAGAUCAACAUCGACGGCAAAACCAUGGAGAAGGUACAGCAAGGUUUGAAAAACCCGUCAAGGUUUGCCUUUGACCUGGCAGCUGAACACAUUUACAUGCUGCUGCUGAAAAAGGACUGCUAUCCACGCUUCAUUCGAUCGGAACACUACAAAUCGCUGAUGGCCAACGCGAUUCAGCCGUCGCACAAGAAACGUUUCUUCGGGUUCGGUGGUGGAGCUAAGAAGAAAGGAUCUACCAUAGCCACUCCGAAUCCGUCACUUCUAACGCAGCCAUCCGGUCAAGGAUCGGGACUUGUCAAUAGCCUGUCGAAAAGACGUGGAAGUGACCGUAGCUUGUCCGGUUCCGCCCACGAGUUGGCCGUAUGUGGCGUGAAGGACAACACUAAAGUGCCCCACUCUCACAGCCAAAGCAAUCUCAGCGACAUUCCGUACAGUGUCUCCAUCUACAGAGGUGACAUGCCAUCCGGUAGCUAUGUAGGACAGUCGGCCAUUCUAGUAGGAAUCAGCGAACAGAGAAAUGGAAAGCAGGAAGUUACCGGCAAACCCCUGGGUACUACACUUGAGGUAACGCUGGAGGCAACCGGUGCCAGUGCGGUCUGUCCUUGGGAUACUCCACCGACGGCGAAGGCGGGGGGUGCUGCUACUACUACCGGCGGUAAGGAGUCGUCGGUUUCCGUUUCAGUGUGUCCUUGGGAUGAGGGUGAUGUUCAGUUGCCUUCCAACAGUAAAACGAAAGCAGCGGAAACCAUCCGGCCAGCGGAUAUCAGUGAUGUAUCGGAACGCAUGAAACGGUCCUGCGGGCUUCGUCAGAAUACGUUGGACAGUGAUUUCCAUAGUUCUAAAAGGUUGGCACCUGUGGUGACUGAGCAGCGGAGAGCCUCCAUGACGAUGGCACCGAGACUCUCCGACCUUCAGUUCGCGCUUCGGGCCAAUUCAACCGGAGCGGACUCGAGCGAACCGGUUUGUCCUACCCUGCAGCAGCAACGAUCCGUUGAUUAUCCACGAAACGUUUCGCAAGGUUCACUAUCAACAAGCUUCGAGGAACGGGAGGAUUCCAUAGCCGCCGCCUCGCCUACCGUAUCGGAUGAAAACCUAGGCCGACAGAAAAAGGAAAGUGUUUCCGAGCAGGAAGGUGAAGUUGAAGUUGUGAGUGUUUUUGAAGAGAAAACUAGCGAAAUGAAGACAAACAAUGAACGUGAGUGUACAUGUGUAACGACCCAAACAAACAUUACGACUGUGUCGGAAGUGAAUAGGGAUGAUGUGAAACCGAUGGAAGUAACGGACGGGCCAGGUGAUGAAAGCGAAGCUGGAGCUCAACGGGGGGAAACUGUCCCGGAUAAGCUACCGCCCACGAUUAGUGUUUACUUUGCGAACUCGUCCGAGGAGGAGGAACGCCGAAGACAAUCGUUGGUGGCCUGCGAGCAAUCGUUGGCUGACGAUCGCCAGGAAGCGGAAGAGGUACGAUCAAUCCUAUCCCAGUCCGUCGUCGUUGCUAAAUCGCGCAUUCUGUCCCAACAGGUGUACUUUACCGGUGAAGAAACUGGUGAAGAGGAAACCGGACAGUCGGCAACGGUUCACACAAUUUCAAACCCACCCGAAGAUAUGUCCCCUCUGGCGGAGGAUAACAACCUAUCCGAAUCGCUGUCGCAACCGAAUCAAUCCUCCCUGGAACAGACGGAGUACGAUAUUAUGAUGGAAGGGGGUGAGUGCAUGGUACCCGGUUGUGUUGCUCCCGCUCCGACGCCAGCGCCCUCGAUUGCUCCGUUGGCCGAGGUCGAGAUGGACCCAGCAGAUGACGAAGGACCGGAAACGGAACCGUCGGAAACGGAACGAACGGAAACGGUAACGGUGGUGGUCACGACACGCGAACGACAGGAACAGGAACCGGAAGCGUCGGCCGGUGCAACGGUUGUGAUAAUCGAGGAUCAGGUGAAGCGGAAGAAGCGACGGGAAAGGCGCGAGCGGGACAGGGAUUCACUGCAGCAGCAGAAAAGUGAGGACGAUAAUAGUGAGAAGAAGGGCGGGAAUGCCGUUUGCCCGUGGGAUGAUGAGGAUGAAUCGGCCGCUGAUGAUGCCCCAUACGUUAAGACGUAUUCGACUUUGGGUUAUCUGUAAACAAAAACGUAAAUGGCGACCGUCAAGCGAAAGUUAUGGACCCCGUUCGAUUCAAGAGACAUUGUGCAGAUAAACAACGUCGACUGGAGAGUUAUUUUUUCAACUGUCAAAAUUGGUUUCUAAUAUACAGAGUUGAUGGUAAUAGUAGGCGUAGAGAGUAAAGAUUCCAGCUGAGUCAAAUUUCAAACAGAAUUCCGGUUCAAGCCCUAGAAUCAAUUCUUUUGUGAAAUUUGCUCACCCCAAUUCGAAGCGAGCAAUGACAGUUCAAAUCGGAAAGAAGCAGAGCAAAAGCAUAUGAGUGGAAAGGGAUCGAGAAGAGUUCGAACUUUGUCGAAGCAAGGUUCCGUAGAGUCUAUAACUACCUGUUUGAUGCAUCCGAGAGCCCCAAAAAACAACAAAUGAAAACUAGAAUGUAUCAAGUAAAACUAUUGGUUUUAAAUUCCGCAAAAAUUCUAUUCGAUCUCUUUCGGAUUUUGAGGUUAGGUUCAAUAAUCUAGCGGAUAGAAGAUAUUCGCGCUGGUUUUCAAACAUAAAAAUGAACAAAAAUAAAUCAGUGUGUAUUACAUAUAUUUCAUUUGACGAUAUCUCAAAAUGUGUGUAAUUUUUAACAUCAGUAAAAAUGGUGAAUUAGACGACAGCUGGCGCUUUAGAACUGCAAACGGUUCAGAGCUUCUGGCUCACAGGAGAGAACAAGAUUUCUCCAAUAAAUCUAACAUAAGUCUACUAAAACAAAUAUAUCGAGAAAGGGAAUUUGGAACUAAUUUAGCUAAUCUGAUAGUGACAAGAGAGUCUUACUAAUCAAUUCGUUAGAUGUUAGAGAUAAAAUAAAAGAACAAGAAGUAGCAAGAGACUAAGGAUAAUACUUGAAUAGUGCAUCGACAGCUUGGACAACACUUUCGUCUCGUUUAAUAAAAGAACUCUACUUCUUUUUUACAAAAAAAUAAACUACUACUGAAGCAGUUACCUAAACUCAUCCAUCUAUAAAUCAGAUUACAACAAACUCCCAUAAAUACAUGAGCAGUGUACUGAGGUACUUGCCUCAACCUAAAUGAGUCAGAUUUUUGAACAUAAACAAUGACGUGUAAUAUUCUUAACAAUAAAAUUGAGUAAAAUGAAUGGAAAAUUUAAGAAAAAAACACUUCUCAGAUAGAAUAUGAUUGAAAAUGGCAUCUAAAGUAAACUUAAGAGUAUAUAUAAAAUCAUUAAAAAAAAAAAAUAUUAGAUUUAUUUGUGAGGCGAGCUAACACACCCGCACACGCAUACAUACAGCACAGCAUACAUUAAACGUGUUUGAAGAAUGUCAUAACAAAUAAACGUCACAUCUAAUUCAUCGUACUGUAAGCUUAUUAACCAUAUACAAAAAAAAAAACUGAGGAAAACCAGCGGAAUAUUUUCACAGGAAUGGGAAAUUUACUGUAGGAAUCGGUAAGGAAGACAUGAAAAGUGUUUGAAUCAGAACUGUCAUUGCUAAGCUACUAGUUUAUUGGUAUGUAUACCUAAAAAGUGUUGUGAUCUGAGCUAAAUUUAGUAACUUUUCAGCAGAAGCUUAGUUUGACAGAUGUGAAAGAAUUCCCGGACGUUAAAAAAUUCCCGAACAUGAUUCGGCGAAUGGUCUCAGAAACUUUUCGAUCGUAUCCAUCAACCUAGUAAGGGUAAAUAUUUAUACAAAGAAUCAAACAGUAAUUCGUUACAAGUUCAGUGAUUUUUAUCGUGACGACAAAAAAACUGCGAAAUCUCCUGACACAAGAAAAUAUUCAUGUAAAUGGUUGUUGUUUAAGCUAUACAACUACAUAUAGAAGCUAUUCUCACUCUCUUUCUCUAUCUAUUUAGGAACUAACAAAGGUAACAAAAAUUUGAAGAAAAAAUUAACCCUAUAAUCGAAAGCGCAACAUUUUCAAACAACAAACAACCCAAUACUACUUUCCAUUGCCAACACAGAAUAGAGAUCUCAAUGGAUGCCGAAGAAGAAUUAGAAAAAAGAAAACAUUAUCAAAAUAAAACAAAACGAAUGCCACCGGUUAUUGACAGAACAUAAUUUAUUUUUAACCUUCUUUACUCUCGAAAAAUACAAUCUCGUAGAUCCAAAUUCAACAAUUCACACACAUCUAGGGAAAAAGAACAAAUAAACCAACAAACAAACAAAAAAAGAAUCAACAACUAAUCAACUAAUCUUUGAACGGGUAUAAACAGAUAAGUGCAUAUUGAAAUCGAUUUAGGAAAAGGCAGAACAAAACCAAAAAAAAAUCUAUUCUUUUUAACUAAUCCAACCGAACUUACUAUUAUUAAAAUGUGUGUUGAUAAGUAGGGUGCAUAUCAGGAUCAAAAAAAAAAUCACCAAAAUGUUAACCGAAAACUUAUGCUACCUUCCCUGCGGAAAAAAAAUCUGCGACAGCUGGUUACGGCGGGUUUGCUAUUAAAAACUACUAUAGCGAGGAUCGGGAUAGAUUGAUACAAUGGAUAUUUUCAUAAAUCUGGUUGUUGGACUAAUACUAAAUAGUUCUAACCCUGAAGAUGACUGAAACUGCCAAAAUUUCGAAACGUCGACAAAACUUUUAAUACAGGUACGCCUUUUCAAGGUUUUGGAAAUAAACAGGAGUGAUGAUUUUUACUCGAUCAGUAACAUUUAUCGUAUCAAUUGGAAUUACACAUUUUUUCACCAAUUGUCAGAAAAAUGUUCUCCUAGUGGGUAUUGAAUCACAAAUAUUGCAAAAACUGAUUUCAGAAUAUCGUUCAAAAGUGGCGUGGAAAAUAUAAAAACUCUCAACGUAUCUCGGGUAGAGCCAUCAAUAUAAAGCACCAACCGAACAAUAAAAUGUUUUUGAAGUUAGAAGAUUUAUCUGUAAGAUCAGUUGUAGCGCGGAGUUUGAAGGCGACGGAUGGAGCAUCUUCAUAAUGAUAAAUUCAAAUAAUAUUUUGCAAUAUUUCAAGAAAUAGCGCUGAUUUUGGCAGGCCCGCAACGUGCGCCAAAAUUUUGAUAUCUUAUACAAAUUAAGUCAGAUUAAGUAUGUCAUUUCCAGGUAUAUACCACAUCUUUGUUCGAAAGCCGCACUGAAAAAGAAAGCCAAUGUAAACACCAAAUUGGAGAAAAACUAAAACUCUACCAAAUUUCUAAUAAAUGACGUUGUUCUCAAAUGUAAAAUGGAUGAAAGUAUGAAUAACGUGCUUGAGUCGUAUGACAGAAAAAUUUAAACGUCAAAGACUUCAAAUUAAAAAUAAAAAACUAGAGAAAAUUAUUGCAAACUUUAUCGUUCCUGUUCACAGUUUUAUUUUUUUAAAAUAAAACAUAAUUUUUUUUGGUUGAAAUUGUGAGUCGCUUGCGAGUUUUGAUGUUCCUGGAAGCACUGGCAACACCGUAAAAUCGUAAAACGUAAUAACGUAAAAUUUUUAAUAACAGGAGUUGCAUUCAACGGUUUUGCGUCAGCGCUUCCUCGAGCUGUUUCAUUUGGCGGCCACUUCUGAGAAAAUUUCUAGCCUUUACAAGAAUCUCAUCCGCCUAUAGUUUUUAGAGGCAACAACAGAUGUCUUCACAUGGCGAUCGACAGCGUCGAAAUCUUCUUGAGCCAAGAGAGUGUAUAACGAUUUGUCCUGGUGGCUGGCUUAGCUUUCUUUAGUAUUUAAGCAAAGAAAUGCUUAGGGUGUCUUGUAAGGGGGUGGUCUGAUUUAGAAGGCAAAACGAUGCUAAGUUUCUUUUUUGCCUUCUAAAAUGCAGAUUGAAAUGCCGCCAGUAAGUAUCUGGCAAAUCAAUAACUCCCUAACAUCCUUGAAGUGAGUGGAUGACGCGCUAAAAACGAAAUUCCCAAUCAACUCGUUGAAUAUCUAAAACUGUUUUUUAGCAAUAUUAUAGAUUUAUCUAGAUGAGAAUUACGCCGAUUCGAAAGAAUGCGAACAGGCAAUGAGCCUUAUCGACGAAGACGUAAAUAGGCAAAGCAGCAUCUCUCCCCCGCCAAGGUCACGUGAUGCUAGUUUGAACAGACAUACAAUUUUCUUCUGUUCUGUGCGAUUACCAUUUCCAAUUUUUCCGCACUGAGUGCUUGAAACAGCUAAUCCGUUCACCCCACGCAUGCUUAACUCGAAUCGGUAACCACACCGUCGAUCUGAACAAUGUGAACGGGCAUGUAGACGCGGUAGUCCUUCAUAAAAGACUUUUCGCCAAUAAUAUGAUUUGCUUGCUCUAGACAGAAUAUCAACAUUCGAGCUAUCUGUCACGGUUGAAUAUUUCUGUGUCAGCCGGGAGUCCGGUGUAAGGUGCCAAGUUAAAUAGUUCAAAGGAAGAGACUGAAAUGACGCGACAUUUCAAAACUAAAGUACGAGUUACGACAAAAUACAGCGAAAAUGUGGUCACCUAUCUUAACUUGAUGGAUGCUACCGAUUUUCUUAACAACUAGUACAAAGAAUGUGUAAAAACCUUCAUCAGUAAUAGAUCAUAAAAGAUGGAUGGACAAUGUCUGGAAUAUAGCCGAAAUGUUUACUGGAAAUAUAGAUAAAUUGCUUUUUCCCAUCUCAGAUCGACACUGGUAAGGAACAGAUCGCUUGGUCGUUGUUGAUCCAUCUCAAGGGUAUAUUGUGAUUAACUGUUGAUGUGGUUGAACUGUUGAUGUGGUCUCAAACUAUUGGGACCCAAAAUGGCCACCAAAUAUUGGAGCUUGGAGUGUAAGUAUAAAAUAACUCCAUUAACCAGUUUCUCGGAGCAAACGAUGAGAUUUUUCUUGGCAAACGGCACUAAGAGAUAAUUAUUUUCUUGAGUUGGUUGACGUGUGAGCACCAGCUCAUAGUUUACCUCCUUCUAUUUCAUGACUGCGUAAAAAGUGUCACAAUCAAAAAUUGGCUAAACGAGAAUGUGUGUAAAUCGAUUAUUAAAAAGUCAAAUCAUGUUUCCGGUGCAUGUUCAAUUCACACAGAAUAAGGAAACGAUAUUCACCCAAGCUUCCUGUUUAGCGAUUGUGAACUGCCGGGUCUUUCGUUUGAUUUCUUCCAUCAAAUUUUGCACAGCCUCCUUGGUCACUUUCCUCGCCAUGGAAAGUCAGUUUGCUUAGAACCAGGGAUGCCAGGUGAUAUUUUGAAAAAUCUGUGCGCGGCCCAUUUAAAAAUCUGUGUCUAUCUGUGUCACGGAAAACGUACAAAUUUGGCUGAAAACAAGACGUGGCAACCUUUUUUUUUGGUUUUUGCGCGAGUCAAAAAUUAAGCACAAGCGCAAAAAAAUUGAGAAAUUUGUGCUAAUCUGUGCAUUCUAGAAGAAAGCUGUGGAAAUCUGUGCGUUAAGCUAGAAAACUGUGUAAAUCUGUGCAGUUUUCGCAAUCUGCAGCAAAUUGAAAAUCUGUGAAACACAGAUAAAUCUGUGCACCUGGCAUCCCUGCUUAGAACUGCAUCCCCCUGUCAACUGUCUUUCGCGGCUUCUUAAGGUGCCGCUUGACUGCUGCCCAAUAUUUUCCUAAAAGUUUCUCUGGCGUGUUUGGAGGGUUCAUGAACGUUAUUCGCGGUAUACCACUCCAUGGCCCUCUAUUCGCAAUGGAAAGAUGCUAAAUCCGGCCAAAGCUGAACGGAGUAAUUGUGUUGCUUGAGGAAAGGCAAUAGAGGUUUUUCCGGGCCUUUCUGCAAGCAAAUUUCCUGGUUAGUGAUCCCGGCUGCAAUGUGAAGACGCUCAACAAGACACAGGAACAGACAGUCUGCCACACGAGACAUUUCAUUGCGAACUUCGAUAGCUUUGUAUUGGGAAAUUUCUGCUACCUUUCCUCUUCCAGCUGACGUAUAAUAUCCCCGCCUAGGAAGGUGUUUAAAACCUGCCUUGAAGUAGCAUUCGACAUCUUUGUGCCACGUAAUCAAAUUUCGUCCAGCACCUUCUCGCAAGUCAACCGCUGCGAUCGUUUUUAGCUCGAUGCACGGUUGUAGAAGGCACUUCCGCCAGCUCGCUUACGACAUCUCGGACGGAGAGGUUGGUGUUCCGCUUGAAACUGCUGGUCCCUAUGUUCGUCGUUUUUGCGGCCUCGAACCUUCUAUUUCCCUCCGAUCCAGUCUUCCCCGGAUGCAGGCAAACGUUUUCCGAACACUUAAUUACGCUGCUGAGAGUUGAUUUAACCGCAUUUAACAAUUGGUGAUUCGGGUUUUCGCGAUACUCGAGCAAAAUUUUGCUCCGUUGCUCCUUUUACUCCACCACUGACAAGUGAAAAGCAAAUGUCAAAAUCAAACAUGAUGCUGCAUCCAUACAUCUUUAAAGUAGGGGUGUGCAGGAUUUUUUAAUGCAAGACGCAAAAGAAUGCGUCUAGUUGAAGUUGACCACUUUUUGAUCGUAUUUGAUUUAUUUCUAGACUAGAACGUGAAAGUUGUCUACGGCGAGAAGAAUACCGAUGCAUAUAAUUCGUUCUGGCCAAUUCAACGAUAGAAGGUUUGUGUUAAAAAAAACAUUCUGCGAAUAGGCGUAAUUUCCCUUUUAGCUACAGCUUCGGUGUAUUGUUGACGAUAGGUAGAAUUAGAAAAGGUCCUAGAUUGCUGCCUUGUGGAACUGCAGAGGAUAUUCAUUUUCAUGAUCUCCGAUUGCAACGUUUUGCUGACGUAUACUAAGGUUUUUACCAUUCCUCCAAUAGCCAGAAAUUACAGUUUUUGGACCAAAAUACUGUAAUCGAUUGCAUCAAAAGCAUUUUUCAUAUCGAUUUUUUUUACUGUCCAAGGAAUAGUAUAUGUCUUUCACUAGGCCACAUGUAGCACCAAGUGUACUUGAAUCUUCUUGAUGAGUAUAAUAUAACUAGUUGCGGCUAAUUUGAUCGAUAGUGAAGAGACAAGUGAUAGGGUUCAAGUUAUCAGGGUCACCGGACUUGAAGUUUGGAACUAUUCAAGUAAUCCACACGGCAUCUCUGGGACCCGAUUGUAGAUCACAAUAUCCUAUUUUAAAUUUUUUCGAUCCCAAGGAAACGAACCAGCUAGAUUGCUUCCAAUAUGGCAAAAAAAGCUGAAUUUCGUUCAAUUGGUUUCAACCCAGGUCGGAUCCUAGUUCAUUGUUAACUUUGGCAACGACAUUGCCUGCAACUCCCAUAUCAUGGCCCGUUCCAAAUGGAGCUGAAGCCAAACGUGCUCGCGAGACGGAGGAUGAUAAAUUUCUUUCUAAAUCCGAUGUCCCCAGUCUAACGUGUGGCAAGAAAAAGGGUGAUGUAGCAAAGGUACCCACAAUCACUGUUCAACCCGCUACUAGUAAAUGCUGGAUUUACUUGUCGCGAAUUGCUACCACCGUUUCCGAAGCUGAGGUUGGUGCUAUGGUUAAGGAGUGCCUUUCAACGGACGAUCCGGUCGAAGUGAAGAAGUUAGUGAAAAAAGACGCAAAUUUGAGCGGGCUUAAUUUCAUUUCUUUCAAAAUUGGUGUUGACCCUCAACUUCGUGAAAUGGCUCUCAAUGCCGAAACCUGGCCGGAUGGGAUGUAUUUCCGCGAGUUCAUCGACUUUCGGCAAGAACGUAAUAAUGACGGGAAGCAUGGGUUUCGGAAAACACCUCGACUGGGAUAAAUCCAUAAUUGGAAAAACUUGGCUUCAGUGGAUCACUCCUGCGAUGGUUUCAAUCCUAUCUCGUUGGCCGUCAACUCAGUGUGAACAUAGGUGAUGCAUACUCCAAACUGUUCUCCGCAACGACUGGUAUUCCGCAAGGAAGUCAUUUCGGACCAUUAAUAUUCACUCUCUAUUUCAACGAUGUAAACUAUCAGCUGAAAGGACCACGGUUGUCGUAUGCAGAUGAUCUAAAAAUUUUCAACAGAAUUAGGAGCCGAUCGGACGCACAAUAUUUGCAGCAGCAAUUCGACACUUCCAGCAGAUGGUAUGAAAACAACCGAAUGAUUCUGAAUCCGGCGAAAUGUUCUGUGAUAUCGUUCUACAGAAAAAAGAUCCCAUUGAGUUUGAAUAUAACUUGUCUGGAGCUCUUGUUUCCCGGGUGAGCUGCGUUAAGGAUCUUGGAGUGCUGUUAGAUUCGAAACUUACAUUUAAGAAUCACAUUUCGUAUGUUGUUGGUAAAGCAUCGCGAAGCCUGGGCUUCAUUUUCCGUACGGCUAAAUCCUUUACAGACUUUUACUGUCUCGAAAGCCUAUACUGCUUUUUAGUGCGCUCUACGCUGGAGUAUUGUUCGGCGGUCUGGAACCCGAAUUACAUGAACGGCAGCGAUCGAAUUGAAGGCGUUCAACGAAAAUUUAUACGGUAUGCUCUUCGACGCCUGCCUUGGCGCGAUCCUGUUCGUCUACCAAGCUACGAGAGUCGGUGUCAACUCAUCCAGCUCGAUACUCUCCAGCGUCGUAGAGAAACUGCAAGAGCCUUAUUCAUCUCUGAUCUUCUGUCAGGACGCAUCGAUUCUCCAGAUUUACUAGAGCGAGUUAACAUCCAAGCAAGGUCCAGAACGGUACGCGGAAACGUUCUUCUGAGAGUGCCGUUUCGACGAACUAUUCAAACAGCUAAUGCCGCUAUCACGGGACUACAACGCCUCUUCAAUCGUGUGUCGCACCUGUUCGACUUUCAUUAGUCUCGUAUAUCAUUGAGAAAUCGAUUCCUGCAGUUUUUUAGAUGUAAUUAGUUUAAGUUUCCAUCAUUGGGGUCGAGUACGGCCUGUUGAUGUGCGUGAUAAAUAAAUAAAUAAACUCUCCAUCCAUCUCUUUGGGCAGUUCUUGAUAGCAGGUUUUGGUAGUAGUCGUAGAAUCAUUGAAUAGAUGCGGUAAUACAGCUAUCUCCGUACUAGCUCUUCGACACGAUCCGUGAUUAGUUCGUAUAUCCACAACUCGAGUCGCGCCGGCUUUUCCCUGCUACCUUUCUGAAAUAUGACCCAAUUUGCACAUUUGAGGAGGCACAUUGUCCUCUAUUGCGAUUAACAGUAGGUCUGGACGUGAAAACGGCGGCUCAUUCAUCCACUUGCCUCUCUAACGUACUCAUCUAACCAGCGUUGCCAAACACAUUGUUUCUUUUUGUGUACCAACUGGUACCUAGAUGGUGCAUCGUCCUUUAGUCCGCCAUGAAAUCGGCCUACCAAAAAUCGUUCUGCGCUAAGAGCUUCAUGGUCAAAGGGAUCAUCAUCCGUCGGUAUUAGUGAUCGCGAAUUCUCAGCUUCAAUCUGAAGUAAGAGAGUGUUCAUUUCUUCGUGCGGAACAUUCCGCAAGCAAUUUGCAGAUAAUGAUUCUUCAUUGUUUUCGCAUUCCACUUCUAAUGACUACGGUAAAGGGCGAGGAAAGGAAGGUGGCCAUACCAUACUUGUAAAGCUUGCGAAUUCAAUAGUUGUCUAAGCUCAAUCAAAUCCUUGCUAGUGUCAGUAAAAUUUGUUGCACUGUCAGAAAACGAUGUCGCUACGACCGACAAAUCGAUGCAAAUCCGUCUGUAGUAAUGAAACUCACCAGUUCAAGAUGGGUUAACAUAUAUACGAAUAAACUAACAUACGCUUUUAUGGCCAUCUUCCUUUCCUCGCCCUUGCUUAAGAUAAAAUGGCCUAGCAUAAUCAACUCCGGUUCACAUAAGCGGUGCCGCGGCUGUUACCUGGAAAAUUUUCAAAUCUCCCAUACAUUGCCCAAGAGUUUCUGAUUUCACUCGGAAGUACAUCCUGGUUAUUACUUCUGGCGAACAAUGACUAGUAAGUAGUACCAUCGGAUACUUCUGGUCCUCGGAGGGUACCAAUUUGAUAAGCAGUUGCUGUGCUCUUCGACGGCCUGUAUAUACGGGACCCGUUUCCAGGGCAUCGGAUGGUAUGGCAGUCGGGGUGCCAUCUGUUUUGUUGAGCAACACUAGACUAGUCGCUGCGAUUUCAGCCGAUAAAUCGGGAUAGAUUUACAGAAGGCGAGGCCUGUUUCACCCUGAUUUUCACCCCAACUCGGUCGACCAGAUCGGAUGUCCGUGCAGCUCCGGGCAUGGUCAGUGAACUAAUCUUUUAUUACGUGGUAGAACUUUUUUGAGGUUACCUCUACCGAGGAUUCUGCUCUAGGUAGUCUAGAUAAGCUGAUGUUCGUGCAAUUGAGGAAGGUGUUCUCCAGAAAUAUGCUUACGGCAGUCUGUAGUAAAAUGCAUUCGUUAGCCGAAGUUCUCUGCAGAAACCUUAGGAUGGAUUGGAGUAUAAUCUUGGUGGAAGGAUGUAAGCAGACCGGCCUAGACGCAUGCUGUCCCUCCUUGGAGGGGUGCUUGGAGGUAAAUUGCAUCUUCCUGUGAAUAAUAGCGCCUCUGAUGAUGAGAGCGGUCCUCCUGUUCCAAGCCAUAGGUCGGUUGCUGUUCAGUUCACACAAUUUCAUUUGAAAGGUCGAAAGUACGGCAUGAAGAAGUGGUGGCGAUCCUGUGUAAUACCGAAGAUCGCUGGUUCCUGGCGAAAAGCAAUUAGCGUUCCACUUAGUUCGACUGAUCGAGAAAUGGCUAUGUAGUGCCAAUUGCAACAAAUGAGCGAUGUAGCACCUGCCUACGCCCAAGAUAUAUCUCGCUAUUUCGACCAUCUACCGAUGGUGUUUAUCGCUGUCUGCAGCUUUAUUUUGUUAAUUGGGUCGUAGACUUCCCCACCCUCUGGAGCGGAACAACAAGCACGGGUUUUAGGGGUCCCCGUUUUCUUCAGCGAAUAUUCCAAAUUGUUGAGCGUCGAUUCCCACAAGCUACUGUCCUGAGUCGGAACACUUUUUCUCGGUUAACCGUGUUGUAUAACUUAGCAAUAUUGGGUCGUGCUACCUGGGGGCGUAUAUCCCCUCAAACAUUAAGGUACGGUUCCCGAUUCUUUCCGGAAGGAUGCUUCUGGAUCGGUAGAUCUCCUCCAAGAAGGUCAUAAGGCAUUUAUUUACCAUCUGCUCAAAAUCCUUUCCGAGGUACGGAAGUAGUCUCACGGAACGGGUUUCGUUUGGCGUUCGAGAUUCUCCGCCUUCCUUGAUUGUGGAGGUCAUCCAGGAUACGGUUAAGAUAUUCCGGCGAAAUUAAUUUCCCAGUUAGUGGGCGUUGUCGCAGCACGGAGUACCCAAUCUCUUCAGUAGAGUGUCCGUGGGCAGCGGCGAGGGGUGUUGUCAGUUCUUGAUCGGAGAAUGCCUUGCUAAAACUCUGCCGUAUCGUAAAUAUCCGGUAGAAACGAUACUUGGACUCUACAUCGUUUCCAGAGAUGUACCAGGAAGGUCGACGAGAGAGCUGUUGGUGGACAUAGUACAGAAAUCGUCAGCCAUGUUCCCCUUGACAACGAGUUAGAAACCCGUUUGUUUUCUAUUGCUAUGAGGGCAUUUACCCGCGAUAGAACUCAUCCAGAUCAUCUAUUUUGGUUCCUUGAUUACCUCUCUGGCAACGUUUGUAGUAUCACGGAAGCUUAGCGUUUAGAGCUUUCUCAAUGGAUGUCUGUUUCAGAGAUCUUAGAGCGCCAAUCUCCAAGGAGUAUGCUAUUUUCAGCAGCUCGGACGAAGAUUUCAUUUAACUGGUCCGGGGGUUUAUUGCAGGUAAUCCGGGAAAUAGUUGCUGUUCUCUGGCUAAGUGAAGCCGGUAAUACCAGGAAGUUUUGAGCUGCUCUAACCAUGCCUUUUAGUUUCGUACCGACGUCUCGUACUUGGGACCUAAAUGAGUAGGAUCCGAAUUGGACCAAACCCGAUGCAACGUUAAUCGAGAUACUGAACCCGAUAGUCUGGAAUAUGUUGUUCCGACUUUAAGCAUUCCAAGAGUAGCGGUUUCCUAACCAUGGACCGAGGUUGGUGCUGUUUCGUGUAUGAGUUUUUUGCAGACCCAGACAGAUCAGCUGGAACGGAACGAGCAGCAGCGGUAUGUCCCUCAAAUCGGCUCUGAGGCUGUUCAUGUUCUAGACAUUAUACGCGUGUUUCGGCCUCUUUCUAUCGCUAUAGUCGAGUUACGGUCGCUAGUAGUUUGUCUACUGCCCCAGCGACGCAAUUUGGCCUCUGUCAACCGCGGUUCCCAACGAAACUUUUGGGAAAAUUGGUGAGGGAGCUUUGUUUUCUUUGAGCCGAAUGCUGCUGAGUGGUUGACGUCCUUGUCACCACAGAUUCCACUGUGGCCGAGGACUCGUCAUAGCGUGAUUAACCCGUCACAGAAAAGCUCAAUCAAACCAUGCAAUGGAUACUUUGACUCCUGGGGUUUCAGUGCCUUGAUGACCGAGAUGGAAUCGGACAAGAUGUCGGUGUUAAUCUUCAGGUUUCUUGGUGAUGGCAAUCGCAUUCUACGGAGAAAGCAUGUGGAAGGCAGUCCACGGGCGAGACCCAUACUAAUUCCAACUCACUUUCCACUUCCACGCCCUCGUCAAUUGUCGAUCCAUCGACGCAAAUGAUUGGAUGAGCUUUGAUUGUCUUCAAAAACUGUGCUUGUUUCUAAUUGUAUCUCUCCAAGAUUUUCCAAUAAUGGUCGAAAAAAGCUACUGGAACCUUGACAACCUGUCGUGAAAAAUUUGCCGUUUUUCUCGUCGGCAAUCGCAGAAGUCGUCAAAUUACAUUUUCUGUAUAUGCUUCAACUUCAUCGUUCACAGUAACCUUCAGCGCCGUAUGAAGGUUCUUCCCAUGUAUACUUAACCCUCCGGCAGUCGCGUACUUAUCCACAUUUAGGCGACUACAUGAAGAUCUAGGACGCUUUCGACUGAAUUUCAGUACGUUGUGCACUCAGUGUACUGUACGGCUGCCAAUUACAACAUCUUCUCACCGGGCCGACAGAAGUCCAAUUCUGGCUCUUCCUCAGUCGGAGACACAAUUCACUGUCAAGAAAAGAACCAUUACCACCGGCUUCAAAUGGAAAUUAUUGAUCAGCAUGACCGUUGAAAUAUUUGAAGUAUCGAUAUUUAUUUCUGCUUUCUCUACCGUGUAUAAUUCAUUCAACACAGAAAUCUACUCCGAUUCAUGAUCAGUUUUAAUAUAUUUACUUUCCCGAUUAGCGGCAACGUGUUUGCGGUAUCCCUUGCUGUCUUCAGAAUACUCGGUACCGUGACGCUACCAAUCUGCUCUGAUCUCCUUACUAAAAUUUCUGGAAAUGAAGUAAAAAUACGUGCAGAAAAAUAUUUACCAACAUUUGAAAUCUACUGGGGGAAUCAUUUAUAGAAAAACCCCGUCAGUUAUUCCGUUGCAUUUAGCUUACCUCAAAGCGCAACUAAAAUAACUCCUCUCAGACUACCUGAUUCACUUACGCAGUGCAAAUCCGCCGUAGCCAGUACGAUCUAUGCUAUCCGAAAACAUAAAACUCUCCAUCGCGUGGAUAAACCGCCAAAGAUUCCACAAACAGUAAACCGGUUGUACAGUUUUGGAACACACCCGUUUUCUCCUCGAAUCAAUGUAUUCAGCCUCCCCCCAUUUUCACACGAGAACUAGCAAAUGCCGCUUUCAAUAUAAACAGUGAGACGAACGUUGGAAAGUCCGCGAGAUUCGGACAAAAAAAAAGUUAUAAUAGGAUGAAAACAAAACAAAAAAUCCCCGUUGAACAAGUGAACGGGAACGUUUAUUGAAUUUUAUCGCCAAUAUAUGGUAGUCUAGUGAGAAAACUUAGCCAACAAAUAAAAAAACAAUUAAGAAAUAAACUCAUCGGUGAAAUUUAGCUAUUUGUUUUGAAAGUCCUAGCAAGUAAAAUAUUAUAAAAUAUAUAUAGUGAAGCCACUAGCAGACUGUAGUUUAAAAGAAACGUAAUUAAAACAAAGCAAAAAAAUGCCAGUUAUUGUGCCGCUGUAUUAGAAGAGACUAUGUUUCAAACCGGAACGGAGAUUUAGGCUACACUGAAAAUGCACCUGCAAAAAACGCAACCAGAAGGAGCAGAAGAUCUUCGCGGUUGAUUUCGGAAUUUUGCCUUUUAUUGUUGGUUUUUGUCACAUAUAACUAGGUAUACAAUAUGUUGGCGUCAAAGACGCCAUCCGUCGUCGCCGUGAAGGAUCCUAAUUUAUUUAUUAGCCAAUGAAAAAAUGCUACAAAAAGAACAUAACCUUGAAGUGAGAUGACCAGUUAAUACUUACCCGCUAUAACAGAUACACCCACGCAGAGCAAAAAACACACAUAGCAAAAUAUGUUGUAGUAAGAAUCGAAUAAAAGUACAAUAAUUAUAGACAAAAAAAAAUGUGAAAUGGUAUGAGUCAGAGAAUAAAGAAAGGAAAAUGUUGAA